AUGCCAGCUCUCCCAGGUGUCGUCACGCGGCCGUUGUCUCGCGGUACAGAGAUCGCGCGCGAGACAUUGGGUAGCCUCACAUGGCGGCCAGCGUUGUCCGUGGCCAAGCCAGCUAUCAUCUCCGUGCUAUCGCAAAUUGAGAUUGGAACGCUGCUGUUAACAGACGAGCCGGCCGGAAAGCGACAUGUCUUCGGGCAGAAGCUCGGCAAUGCUAAGCUCGAGGAGCUGUCGUUCACGCCGAACGGUGUGCGGAAAGCCACCACCACUCCAAGGGUAGAGUUGGUCGUCAAGAAAGAUGCAUUUUGGAUGCGCCUGUUCCUGUUCGCAGACAUGGGCUUCGCCGAGGCGUACAUGCUCGGCGAGGUGGAAUGCGCCGACCUGACGGCGUUCUUCCAGGUGAGUUCCCGCCACACCACGCCCUCCGCCGCGCCCCCGCGUCUUGUGCGACGCCGGGUGUGA